GAUCAUCAACAACAACAACAAAAUAAUACCAAACCAGAUUUCUAUCGCUUCGCUUUCUCUCUCUCUCUCUUUCAUUUUUGUUUCUUCUGUUUCCUUCCUGGCCUGCCUGCACCCGCCUCUCUCGCACUCUAGCAACUAUCGCUGCCCAUCUUCUCUAGGCGCUUAAGCUGCAGCUUUCAUCUGUGCCUCUCUCUCUCUACAUCAAAUCGUUCGAUAGUGGUUGUUUCCUCCCGAAGAAAAAAGAGCCAGGAGUACUUCAUAACUUUCUUCUUUUUCAUCUUCUUCUUCUUGUCUUUCCAGUAAGCAAAACGGUUUCUUACGAACUUAUUACUUUCUGUCUCUCGUUUCAGACACCAAAACAACAACAACACACUCACACACACCGUCAUGUCGACGCGUCCGCAGCAGCCCCCGGUCGAGGGCGGUGCCAACCGCAUCAUCAUCGUCGGCGGAGGUCUGGCUGGCGUGUGCGCCGCCCACGCCGCCCUCCAGCACGGCGGCAGCGUCCUCCUGCUGGACAAGUCCGCCUUUCUCGGCGGCAACAGCACCAAGGCCUCCAGCGGCAUCGCGGGCUCCCCCACCCAGGCCCAGAUCGACGCCGGCGUGCUGGACGGGGUAAAGCUGUUCACGGACGACACCAACCGCAGCUUCCACGGCGUGAAGCCGGGCGAGCAGCCAGGGCCGGUGUCGCCGCUGGUGUCGGAGAUGGUGCGUCUCUCCGGCUCCUCGCUAGACUGGCUGGCGCACUACUUUAACUGCGACUUGACGAAGCUGGGUUUCAUGGGCGGCCACAGCAAGCCUCGCACGCACCGCGGCGAAGGGAAACCCCCUGGCAUGGCCAUCACCUUCGCGUUGAUCAACGCGCUGGAGAAGGUGCAGAAGGAGGACCCCGCGCGAGCGCGCAUUCUGACGAAGGCGCGCGUGGUACGUCUGGUGCGCGACCCCGUCGACGGACCUGUGACCGGCGUCGUGUACGCCGACCGCAAGGGAAAUGAGUUCAUGGAGCGCGGUGCGGUGAUCGUGGCCACAGGCGGCUUCGCGGCGGACUUCACGCAAGACGAUACCUCCCUCAUCGCGCGCUUCGCACCGCAGCUGACAAAGUUCGCGACAACCAACGCCGAGCACGCCACCGGCGACGGCAUCAAAAUUGGUGAGCAGAUCGGGGCGGGUCUGGUCGACAUGGACCGCAUCCAGGUGCACCCCUCCGGCCUCGUGGACCCGAAGUGCCCGGACAACCACGUCAAGUUUCUCUGCGCGGAGGCGCUGCGCGGGGCGGGCGGCAUUGUGGUGGAUAAGAAGGGUCAGCGCUUCGUCGACGAGCUUGCCCGCCGCGACCAGGCCAGCGGGGCGAUGCUGCAGAACAACGACAAUAGCCCCUUCUACCUCCUGCUGAACGAGAAGAGUGCGAAGGAGAUGGAGUCGCACUGCAAGCACUACGAAGGUCGCGGGCUGAUGACGCGCUACGCGAGCAGCUACGACUUCUGCAAGGCCGCGAACAUCAAGCCGGAGGCCUUGGCGGCCACCUACGAGCAGUAUAAGAAGGACGCCGCCGUGAAUGCUGCCUCGCGCGGGGUCGCCGCGGGCAGCGACGGCGCGAAGCCGGGCUUCUUCACCUCUCUCUUCGGAUUGGGGAAGAGCAGCGGCAGCGGCGGCAGUGCAGGGGCCGGGGCAGGAGCCCAGGCGGCCACCCGCGGCACACCAGACCGCUUCGGCAAGACCCUCUUCCGCAACGUGGACGCCUUCGCCAUGACGGGCCCUCUCUACGUUGCGUGGAUUGCGCCGGUGGUGCAUUACACCAUGGGCGGCCUGCACGUGAACGAGUACGCCGAGGUGUUGGACGCCGCGACGCAGAAGCCCAUCCCCGGUCUCUACUGCGCCGGCGAGGCGGCGGGCGGCGUGCACGGCAAGAAUCGCCUCGGCGGCAACUCCCUGCUGGACUGCGUCGUGUACGGCCGCGUCGCGGGUGAGCGGGCGACCAAGUACCUCCUCGCCACCUAUAUGGGGCCCUUCUCGAACAACCGCCUCAACACGAUCUACUCGCAGCUGACCAUCAAGGAGCUGCCGGCGCUGCCGCCGGUGCCGAAGGCGGCUGCGGUGACCACGAAGGCAGCGGUAGCGGCGACGGAGGCCCCCGCGGAGAAGGCCGCUGCCGCCCCUGCCGCCGCUGCCGGCGCGAGCGAGGGUGGCAAGGCGUUAAAGCGCUACACCCGUGCGGAGGUAGCGAAGCACAACAAGGAGGCGGACUGCUGGUGCAUCAUCCAUGGCCAGGUGCUGAACUUGACGGAGUUCCUGCCGGACCACCCAGGUGGCAAGCAGUCGGUCGUGAUGUACGCCGGCAAGGACGCGACGGAGGCGUUUGACCUUGUGCAUCAGGCCGAGGUGAUCGAGAAGUACACCCCGGAUGCGGUGGUCGGCGUGGUGUCUGAUUAA